GUUCAAGCAGAAACAUCCUUGAUCCUUUCAUUCUUAGUCGAGAUAGUUCUUACGUAAAAGGUAAUAUGUACGCUGUAUAAAUUUUCAAAUAUAAACUAUGAAUCUAGUGCUUUUAUUAGUGUUUUCUUCGAUAGUUUUUAAAGUGAUUUUAAGUGAUGAAGUGCCGAAAUGUUGUUCUGCACACGAAGUUUUAUCCAAAAACGGAAGUACAUUUAAUUGUGUACCUGAUUUGACCAGAAGACUGCAAAUAAAUACUAAUAAUACUAAUCACUUAGAAACUAGCCCUAGAAAUAUAUGUUAUGAUGUAUUUGAAGAUAAUUUUGUAGGACUUAAAGAUAACACGGUGGAAAUCGUAACAGGUAGAUUUUUUCCAAAAUGUUGUCCUCUAAACACUGUUUACAAUACAAAACUUCAUUCCUGUGUAGAAAAGGCAGUUUCUAACAACAAUUUUAUCAACGAAACCUUUAUAAAAAUUGGCUUAACACAUUGUAAAAUUGUAGCUGAUUUCGAUUUGGAAAAAGAUGCAGACUUUGAAUAUAAAUUAUUAGAUAGUAAUAAAAAAAUAAGAAGAACUUCAUUGCAGGAUUACAGCUCAUUUUGUGUUGAUAAAACUGAGAGUGAUUCGUUUGUGAUAAGAGAAUGUCAAGAUGGUUUCGAUAGCUGUGAUAAUUUUAGAUGUAUUAAGAAAUGUUGUCCUGAUGGACAAAGUUAUGUAAAUGGUCCCAAGUGUCAAGACACCUAUGAACAUGGAAUCAAUCUGACUGUUUUCAGCACAACUGUAAACAAUCCUGAAGGCAACUUUGCCAUUGUUCACAACCGGACUUGUUCAAGUAUCUACCUAAUGAGGGAGGGAAAGCAUAAUUUUACCAUCCAUGAUAACGGCAGCUUCACCGAAUGGCUCUCAACUGGUUUUCGUACAGAGGAUGUUGCAGACCCAACCUCAUAUUGCAUAGAGCACACCCAAAGAAAGAAUAUGAAUGGUUACUACAUGUUUCACUGUUUUCCUGAGGAUCCCACAGCUCUUACCAAAUUCGAAUAUCGAUUAUGGCCUUUUAUAAUGUCGUGUGUUUUUUUGGUGUUAACAGUUGUUGUUUAUAUUAUCAUCAAGGAGUGGAGAAAGAUGUUUGGAAAAAUAUUAGUAAGCUAUUGCAUUGCUUCCUUCUUCGUUUAUGUCAUAUUGACUUUGGGACAACUGUAUACAGAACCGACUUCCACUGAUUGUCAACUAAGAGCCUUCUUCCUUAUCUUUUUUGCCAUUGCUCAAUUUUCUUGGGCUAAUGUUAUGAGUUUUGAAAUAUGGUGUACGUUUGGUACCACAAAAAUAUAUUUAGGAACCAAUUAUCGUGAAGCGGAAUUGCGAAAAUUUAUAUUCUACAGCAUUUAUGGAUGGGGAACCCCUCUAAUACUUACUCUCAUAACGCUGUUAUUUUCCGAAUGGAAGGUUCUACCUUUCGCUAUCCAGCCUUACCUUGGAAAGGUCAAGUGUUUCUUCGACGUUAAACAAGGAAAUUACGCAAAAUUCCUAUUCCUGAAUAUACCGCUGCUCAUAAUACAAAUAAUAAAUAUGAUUUUCUUCGUUAAGACUAUUAUUUAUUGCGUAAAAGUGCGCAAUGAAAUUAAUAAAAUUAAUGACGGACGAAUAACUCAUUCCAAAAAGAAGUAUAACCAUGACAGAGAAAGGUAUAAUUGGUUGUUCCUGAUUCUUAAACUAUCCAUUGUUAUGGGUAUAUCUUAUAUCUUCGAAGUUGUGACUGCAUUCUUUAAUAUGAGUGAACUGGGAACUGUACCAAAAUAUAUUGAAAUCGUAUUUGACAGUUUUAAUGCUUUACAAGGUGUACUUAUCUUCAUUAUAUUUAUUUGCAAGAAGAAAAUCCUUCUAAACUUAGCUCAGAAAUGUACAAUAUUUGGUAUACACUAUUCGCCAAAUACUUCAUCGGUUCGUACACAUUCCUCUUUGACGCUAAAUGGAGUCGCAAUGACAACUUUAGGAAGUCAGAGUAACAACCAAAAAUUAGUUUAAGAUUUCAUUUUUUGUAAUUUUGUAGUGAAAGGAACACAAUAUUAUAUGUAAUAUAUAGGUACAUGUACAUUAC